CAAAAUCGGUUUUCUAGAUAAAUUUUACAAGUCUUAAAAAUCAUGCAGCUCUUCAAUUUGCACCGGAAAUCAAUUUACGUUCUUUACCAGAACCGCCUUUGUUCUCUUUCGACGUUAGCAAUCGCACUGGUAGUCCUCCUUUCGCUAAUCCUUCCCUACUGUGUCAUAUCGUUCAUCAAUCCCGGCGCGCUGUGGGAUCGCUAUCGACUGGUUUACGAGCAGCCCAAAGUCCAUUUCGACUAUCAGUAUCUCUUCCUGGCGGAAAUAGAUCGCCCCGAUGAUACCAAUCGACUGAUCACGUGCAGCUCAUUUCAAUCCUACAAUGAGCUAACUGACCACAGCCAAGAAUGCAACGCCAUCAAGGUAAUGGCAGACGACGGCAAUAUGGAUGGUAAAACAGAUAAGUUAAGUGCAUCCGUUGCAUUCAAUCUGCCCGAUGAAUCAACGGGAAUGGCGUUCUAUACAUUCUAUUUCUUUUUGGAUGCGGAAGUUAAGAGCAACUGCCACUUUACCAUCCCCGCCAUGAUAUCCCUGAGCAAACAAACCCCACCAACGCAGCCAUUCACAUCUGGUCGCAUCUCGCACCUGGGCCAUCUCCGUGCAAGCCAAUCCGUCGCACUGCAGUGCCCUUUCUUCAUGCGUAACAUCAAAACUCACUUCAACCACAACUACCGUCCAAAUGAGAACUACACUUCGGUGGAGGAGUUCCUUCCGGAAUCGAUCCUGCAUCGAAUCGAGCACUCCAAUGCCGCGUAUUUUGCGUUCGAGCAUACACGCACCCAAUGGAGUCGUGAUGGAAGUGGCGACAUUGAAAUCCAGGUUCAACUGUUGAUCGGAGGCGAAGAUGGCCAAAAGACUGCCCUGCUGUAUAAUGCUUCGCUCUGGCAGAAGGUGGCUCAAUUUUGGGCGCAAUACUUUUCGGUGCUGAUUGUGUUCCUGUGGAUGGCAGAUAAGCUUAAGGAUUGGAUGUUCGACAGUUACUGGAUUCGGGCGAUGCGAGUCGUGCCGUGGAAGGAGAAAGUAGUAUAAAGAUACUAUAGUGUGUAGGGACAAUGGAAGUUAAAAAAGGGGCCAUUUUUGGAAAAGCCUAAUAAAACGUAUUUUUACUAAUAACUUAUGUGCUGCUGUAUUAAGAAAA